AUGCCACGAAGAAAAAUCGAGCGUGAUCCAAUUGAAAAAGAGUUAAUUAAAAGACAAAGACAAGAUAAAAGAAAUGCUGAUAAACGAUUGACCAGGAGUAAUUCGAAAAAAAAUAACCUCCAUCCAAAAAUUGUUAAAACUACUCGUAUACAUGACCUUGAUAAACACGAUACUAUACUACUUAAUAAAUCAGACAUUAUAGAUCAUCCGUCAACAUCUAGACCUCCACCAGUAGAAUCAAGUAUUCGUGAUGAAAGUCUUAUCAGAAACGUCCGUGGUUACGAUUCUGAUGGAAAUUCAGAACUACAUGUAGAUGAAAUUAAUAUUGGUGAAAAUUACUUAGGUCCGAUGUCAUUAACAUGUUCUCACUGCACCGCGAAACACUUUUCCGCAGAACAAGUCGCUAACAAGAAACAUUCAUUUAACGAUUGUUGCAGUCAUGGUGAAGUUGCUCUUGAUGAUUUACCAGACAUGCCAGUUCCGUUAAAACAUCUUUUUGAUGGGACCGAUGAAAAAUCACAUCAUUUUUUUGAACGAAUACGUUAUUAUAAUAGUUCAUUUUCCUUUGCAUCUUUCAAUGCUAAUUUAGUCCAAUUUCGCAAUAGUCGCACAGGCCCGUUCUGUUUUAAAUUGCAAGGUCAGGUUUACUACCAAAUUAAUGAAUCUUUGUAUCCUGAGGUCAACGAAAACCCUACGAAUGGACAAUUAUUCAUAAUAGACGCCAACGAAGCUUCGCAAUUUAGAUGCACUCAAAAUAAUAAAUUAGAUUUAGAUGUUGUCAGUACCAUCGAAACGGUGAUAAGAGAACACAAUAUAUUUGUACAUUCGUAUCAAAUGAUGAAAGAUGAACUGGAUAGCGCCAAGACAGCGAAUGAUAACAUAGAACCUGAAUUACAGUUACUGUUUACAUUGAAAAAGGGCAUGGACCGAGGCCGAUAUAAUUUCCAAAGAGUUAAUGAGGUGGCUGCAGUUUUUGCAACUACGGCAGAUGGAGACAUUCCUGAAUCGUACGUGACUAUCAGGAAUAAAACUACAAAACAAUUAAAAUCUAUUAGUACCAUGGAUUCUAACGUUGAACCAUGGAUUUAUCCGUUAUUUUAUCCUCACGGGAGUAAAGGUUGGCAUAAAGAUUUACCCUGCGUACGCAGAAAUAAACAUGUAACUCGAAAUGCUUACAUUAAAUUCCGCAUGGCAAUACGUAAUAGUUUUAAUGCAUUCUUGAUGGGCAGAAGAUUAUUUCAACAAUGGGUAGUAGAUAGUUACGUAAAAAUAGAAAAAGACAGAAUUUCUUUUUGCAGAAACAAUCAAAAAAAAUUAAGGGCAGAGUCAUAUCAGGGAUUAAUUGAUCAUUUACAUAACAGAGCAACCGAUACAAACAGUCAAAUCGGUAAAAUAAUAAUACUACCCUCUACAUUUGUAAGUUCUCCUAGAAAUAUGGUUCAACAUUACCAAGAUGCGAUGUGUCUCGUAAGAGUAUUUGGAACCCCUGAUUUGUUCAUUACGAUGACGUGUAAUCCGCAAUGGCGUGAAAUAGUUGAAAAUUUAUUGCCAGGCCAAACUGCUGCAGAUAGGCCGGAUAUUGUUGCUAGAGUAUUUUAUUUAAAAGUUAAACAAUUGAUGGACAUCAUAGUUAAACAGAAUCAUCUUGGUGAAGUUAAAGCUUUUGUCUAUGUAAUUGAAUACCAAAAACGCGGUCUUCCUCACGUUCAUUUAUUGGUAACUCUUAACGAUAAUUCUAAGAUUACUACUCCUGAAGAAGUAAACAGGUAUGUUUCAGCCGAAAUACCAGAUCCACUUACAAAUCCAAGAUUACAUGGUAUUGUAAUGAAAAAUAUGAUACAUGGACCUUGCGGGGAUUGGUGUUUAGUUAAUAACACCUGUUCAAAGAAAUAUCCCAAGCCUCAUGUAUCAGAAACGACGAUGAACGAAAAUGGCUAUCCUCAAUACAGGCGAAGAAAUACAAAUAUUUCUUAUCUAAAAGGAAAUAAUUAUGAAGUAGACAACAAACAUGUAGUCCCGCACAACAGAAAAUUAUUGUUAUUGUUGAAUUGUCAUAUAAAUGUAGAAAUUGUUGCAAGUGUUGAAUCAGUCAAAUAUUUAUUUAAGUACGUAUACAAAGGUCAUGAUGCCUCUGCCUUUGAUGUUACAAAUUCAGAUCAAAAUCGAAUUGUCAAUCAUGAUGAAAUUAAAGAUUUUCUUGAAGGACGAUACGUUGGUCCCGUUGAAGCUUGCUGGCGAAUUUUAAAUAAAGAAUUACAUAACAAAAGCCAUACGGUAAUUAGAUUGCCAGUUCAUUUACCGAACCAACAUACAAUUACCAUAGAUCCUGAAAAUACUGAAAAUAUUCAAAAUGCCCUAGAAAAAGAAACUAUGCUCAUUGAUUACUUUGCUUUAAAUGCACGAGAUCCGGAAGCCAGAAAUUUAUUUUAUUCAGAAAUUCCAUCACAUUAUGUAUUUAAAAAAAAAGAUAAGAAUUCAAGCAAAUUAACUUGGGAAAGGCGACAAACACAGUUCAAUGCUUUGGGAAGGAUGUAUUCAAUUAGUCCUGCGCAAACCGAAUUGUUUCAUUUACGUCUUUUAUUACUCAAUGUUAAAGGAGCAGUAAGCUUUAUUGGCCUCAAGACUGUAAAUGGAACGUUAUAUGAAACGUUUGCUGCAACGUGUUUGGCUCUAGGACUUGUAGAAGACGAUACUGAAUGGGAACGAACGUUAUCCGAAGCUCAACUAUGGAUGAUGCCAGUACAAUUACGUAAAUUGUUCGUCCGAAUUUUAUUAUAUUGUCACCCUGCAUAUCCUGAAAGAUUGUGGGAAAAAUUUAAACAUUCAAUGUCGGAAGAUUUUCUAUUGGAGCUAGAUACUACCUUAGCUUAUAAAAAAACUUACUUUUUACUAAAUGACAUGUUAAUAUCAGAAGGAUCAGCGCUUAAUAAAUUCCCAACUAUGGAACAGUUGAUAGAUUUUAACAUACCUGAAAAUGACAACAUGUCACUAAUAGAUCAUCAAAGAAUCGGAGAAGAACAAUAUGUGAAGUUGAACGAAAAACAAAAGAAUAUUGUAGACACCAUAAUGAAUUCGACAAUUACAGGAGAUGAUGGUAUCAAUAUUCAUAAUUCUAAUUGUUUUUAUAUCGAUGGACCCGGUGGCUCAGGAAAAACAUUUAUUUACACAACAUUAUUUCACUUACUUGUAAGUAAACAACGAAAUGUAUGCACGAUGGCCUUUACAGGAAUUGCAGCAACUCUCCUUCCGCACGGCAGAACAGUUCACAAAGUAUUUGCUCCGAUGGCACCGAGAUAUGCGUUGGAAUUGGUGAAUCGUACAUUGUGCGACAUUUGCAACGAUAAUCGUCCAUUCGGAGGUAAAAUUAUAGUUCUCGGUGGAGAUUUCAGACAAUUACUUCCAAUUAAAUUAAACGCCACUCGCACUGAAACUAUAAACUUAUCGAUAAAAUUUAGUAAAUUGUGGAAACAUUUUAAAAUAUCUUCUCUUACACAAAACAUGCGAACGUUACCGGAAGAAGUCGAAUUUGCUGAAUUUGUAUUGUCUAUUGGAAACGGGAGCAUUAAUAAUGAAGAUGAUUACGUAACUCUUCCGCAAAAAUGUGUUGCCUCGAAAGAUGCCGAUAUCGUUGCAGAUGUUUACGCUGACGCAAUAAGUAAUAGACAGUAUGAUAAUUUUACUAUGCUGGCUAUUCUUUCUCCUCGUAAUAUAGAUGUAGAUUUAAUAAAUGAUAGAGUCGUAAAUUUAUUGGACGCAGAAUCAGAAAAGAUUUACAACAGUGUUGAUAGCACGGAAAAUUGUGACAACGGCGUUAUCAAUGAAUCAAUUUUAGUAGAAUAUUUAAAUUCUAUAAACCCUCCUAAUUUUCCGCCUCAUAACUUGAAAUUAAGAUUAUACAGUGUCAUUAUGCUUGUAAGGAAUUUGAGCAUAAACGAAGGUUUAUGUAAUGGUACUAGAUUAAUGGUUAUUGAACUAGGAACAACUUUAUUAAAAUGUAAAAUUCUUACAGGCGAUAAAGUUGGAGAUAUUGUUUUUAUAAAUCGAAUAACCCUCUACUAUGACCAUGCGGGUGCGUUUACAUUCAAACGAAGACAAUUCCCUGUAAAAUUAGCAUUUGCAAUGACUAUAAAUAAAGCUCAAGGUCAAACGUUCAACAAAAUAGGGAUAGACCUACAAAAAGACGUCUUCAACCAUGGACAAUUGUACGUUGCUAUGUCUAGAGUAAAAUCUUGGGAUUCAUUGAAAAUUUACUUGAACAAUGAUAGGUCUAAUGAUUUGGUAAAAAAUUAUGUAUUUACAGAACUUUAUUCAUAG